CAGAAUAGCACAAACGUUACCAAGACUCUUCUUUUGGGAUUUUCGGAGGGACCAGAAUUGCAACCCCUUAUAUUUGGGCUUUUCCUCUCCAUGUACCUGAUCACUGUGUUUGGAAACUUGCUUCUCAUCCUGGCAGUCAGCUCUGAUUCCCACCUCCACACCCCCAUGUACUUCUUCCUCGCCAAUCUAUCCUUUGUAGACAUCUGUUUUACCUCCACCACCAUCCUGAAGAUGUUGUGGAACAUCCAGACUCAGGACAAUGUCAUUAACUGCGGAGGUUGCCUCAGUCAGAUGUAUUUUCUCCUACUCUAUGCACAGUUGGAUGUCUUUCUCUUGACUGUGAUGGCCUAUGAUGGCUUUGUGGCCAUCUGUCACCCCCUGCACUACACAGUCAUCGUGAACCCCCAGCUCUGUGAACUGCUGGUUCUGGUGUCCUGGGUCAUCAGUGUUCUCAAUUCCUUGUUACAGAGCUUAAUGGUCUUGCAGCUGACCUUCUGUACAGUCUUGGAAAUCCCCCACUUUUUCUGUGAACUCAAUCAGGUAGUUGGGCAUGCCUGUUCUGACACCUUUCUUAAUGACCUGGUGAUAUACUUUAAUACCGUGCUGCUGGCUGGUGCUCCCCUAGCUGGGAUCCUUUACUCUUACUCUAAGAUAGUUUCCACCAUAUGUGGAAUAUCAUCAGCUCAGGGCACGUAUAAAGCAUUUUCCACCUGUGCAUCUCACCUCUCAGUUGUCUCCUUAUUUUGCUGUGCAAUCCUAGGAGUGUACCUUAGCUCUGCUGCUACCCGGAGCUCCCAAGCAAGUGCAGUGGCCUCAGUGAUGUACAUGGUGGUCAUGCCCAUGCUGAACCCCUUCAUCUACAGCCUGAGGAACAGAGACAUAAAGAGGGCUCUGAAAAGAAUCGUUGGGGUUCCAGUGAUGUAA